CUAUAUAUUAUUUUAUACCUACAGAGUCGCGUGAAACUCCCUACAACACGACAGGCCGGGUGGCAUGAGUACAGUUCCUCUUACGAAGUUGAUGAUAUUCGUAUGCACUUGGCGUUUUCGGCGGACGAUUCCAGUCGAUAUGCUGUUUAUAUCAAUCUGCUGACCAGACAGUUUGAGGAUAUCCGUUUGUUUCUCUGCUGUAACAUACUGACUAGCAUCAAAGCACUGGAAGUUUUGGCGUAUAUAACUGCCCUCCAGCGCGGGAACUAUCGUGAGUUGGACUCAGACUGCUUGGAGUUUACAAAAGCAGCUGCUAAGCUACAAUCUUGGACAAAACUGUUGAGAAAAUUGUAUACUUGGACAGCAUUUUUCUAAACAUCGUAGCCGUACCGGUUCUCCCCUCUCCCCCUUCCCCUGAAAGCAAUGUUGUUGUGUAUUCAAAAGAAAGCCUGAUCCCUGGGAGUUUGUAGGAAGCAACAUUGAAUUGGGGGAAGGAGUUUUCUUUCCGCAAAGGCGUGGUUUUGGAAAUAGUUUUGUUGCGUAGGAAAGUGGACAUGAUGGGGAAAACUUUCUCAAGUAGUUUUGUCCGGGAUUGUAGCUUCACAACAGUUUGUCACAGCAAGGGAGCUUGCUAAAUCCAAAGUCAGCCUCGAAUUGCAGGUGAAAGAGAAUCUAGAUGACCUCACCAUCACUAGUUUUAAAAGUGAAGCGCUCGCUCGCCGCAACCCGUCAUCAAAGUACUCUGCCUUGGUUUCUAUAGUUUCUAUGUUUUCGACUUUAAUCAGCUAUCUUAUACAGAAUUAAUAAUUAAAUUGAUGAAUUCACAGAAUUUUUCCGUAAAUUCACAUUUGUUGACAUUUGUCUUAGUAUGUAAUGAUUUACGUACUAAUUUGUUAUCAAAUCAUGCUGAUGACACUUGAUUGACUGUAGUAAUCAUUGCAUUAUCAUUGUUAUAAAUUGUAACUUUAUGUUAAAGCUUUUGCAAUACUGUAACUAAAUACUUAUAGUCAUGCAAAUAAAGCUUAUGUUGUUGUUGUUGUUGUUGCCGAUGCAGUCUUCCUUGAUUCGAAUGUUUCUCGUCUCGUUAAUUGUCCUGACAUUCUACCAUUUCUUUAUCCGUUAA